AUGCUCCAAAAACAUAACCAUGGCAGGGAUAACCCAAUAUGUAGAAAUGUCGAAGAGCUUUGUUCAUUAAACAUAAACCACCAACUACUUCAUCCUGAACAACUCAUUAACGGAAAAGAGGAUGCAGCUAACAACUUUGCUCGUGGACACAAUACCAUUGGAAAAGAAACUGUCAAUGUAUGCUUGGGUCGUAUCAGAAAGUUUGUAAAUAAUUAUACUGGUCUCCAAGGCUUUCUGGUUUUCAAUAUUGUAGGCGGAGGCACUGGUUUUGGUCUUGGUUCCCUUCUGCCGAAACAUCUUUUAGUCGAUUAUGGCGAGAAAUCCAAGCCUAGAUUCAUUUUUUAUCUUUCCCCUCAAGUUUCAACCUCUGUUGUUGAUCCUUACAAUAACAUCCUCUCUACUCAUUCCCUUCUUGAACAUACUGAUGUUACGGGACUCCAAUCUUCAACUAGGAAUUUUAACAAACACCUUGACACCAAUGGCAAAAGACACCAGCGUCAACGUGCUACUGGACUCCAAUAUUCAACUACGCAUUUUCACAAACACCUUGACACUAAUGGGAAAAGACACCACCGUUAG